AUGAAUUGGAACAAAUUGCGAAAUAAUUGGCAGCAAAUAUGCGGCAUAUUCUCGAUAUUCUCGAAUUUCUACCUGCUUCUUCUCAUCAAAUAUUGUUCGCCGAAACAAUUGGGCAAUUAUAAGUACUUGAUGGCAUACAUUUCGGUAUUCGAGAUAUUCUAUUCGUUGGUUGAUUGCAUUGCCGAACCCGUCAUCUUCUCAUUUCGUUCUUCCUACAUUGUUUUUGUUGAUUUACACAAAAUCUCUUGGUUUCGGCGAGCAAUUAAAAUCAUACUGCACAAAGUUUAUUGUGGAUUUUUUGGACUAUCAAUGGCCAUAUUUGGUGUGCAUUUCUUAUACAGAUAUUUGAUAACCAAAGGGAAGAAGGUGUCCUUAACAACGAUUGGUGUUUGGCUGACGAUUCCCAUAUUUUACUUUUUCGUCUGGAUGUCAAUUGUGGUAGUCCUUCUCGGACCAUUUGAUUAUUUUUCACAACAACUCAGACAGCCGGUAUUUCAAAAUUUCCACAUAAGCAUCAGAAAUAUAGAAUAUAUGGGUCCGUAUUUUUAUCCAAUCGACUUCAACGGUAACCAAUUUUUCAAUUAUAACACAAUUUACGGCAUCGCAAUUCUCACGUUGAUAAUUGCAUCUUCCAUGUUGAGUGUAUUCUAUUUUGGCCAUAAAUGCUAUUUGCACAUUCAGAAGUUUACAAAAAAUGCAAACUCCAUAAUGAUUCCAUGCGUUCUAAUGUAUAUUCCAGCAUUAGUCCUAUUCACCACUUGCUUCCUUGAUCAAAAUCUCGAAAUGGCCAGCAAUUUUAUCAAUAUUUCGAUAGCCAUGUAUCCAGCAAUCGAUCCGCUUCCCACGAUUUUUGUCGUCAGACGAUAUCGAAGUGCCACAAUUGGUUGGAAUUCCAACAAGAAAUAUUGA